CAAGAUUCUCAUAAGCAAAAACCUAAAGCUCGCUGAUGAUAUCUUGGAAAAGGUCUACCCAAAAUCUACAUUCUUGCAAGUUGAUGUCAAUUUGAUGGAAGUCACUGGUUGCUUACCAUGAGCCUCAGCCAUCAUCGAUUUGGCCUAGCCGUAUGAUUUGUUGAUCGAGCUUCAAGAGGUUGAUUAGGAUAGAAAGUCUUGGAUGGUCAUGAGUCAAGAAGAUAUCCAUUUUUGAAUUUCUCGUUCGUCAAGUGGAUUAACUUUUCAUCCAAGGGAUAAAUGCUCAUAUGUAGUCUUUUCUGGUAAACAACAUGAUGAGUAAUUCAAUCCACUUGAAAACCAUCGUUCGAUAUAUGCGCUCACAAGAAACUAAUGCUUCAAAUUCCAGAAAUCCAAUCUUAUCAAUCAGGACCACCCAUCACUCUAACUGGGUUAAUUCUGUUCUUGCCAGUCAAAUCAUCAUCAUGGGUAAAGCAACUGAUCAGAGAGACUUUACAGCAGAUACUCAAACUUCAAUUGAAGAAGAAAACGUUGAUUCCAUUCAGAUCAUCUUUGCGGCAGUAAGUUGGAAGAACUCUGUUGGAUGUGCUUAUUAUGAUACUUUGAAUGGAUCUCUUUAUUUGAUGGAAGACGCUCAAAGUAUGAGUGGUCAAGAAGACUUUCUCUCAAUGAGUAUAUUCCUUCAUAUCGGUAGUGAUGCUUUAAGAUCAUUACAAAUCUUUGAUCAAGAAGCACAUGCUAAUUUACAUUCUAACAAAACAAAAGAAGGUUUAUCUUUAUAUGGAAUCUUAAAUGAAUGUGUAACUUAUAGUGGUAGGAUGUUACUUAAGAAUUGGUUGAUUAGACCUAGUACUCAACUUGAUAUCAUUUCUGCUAGAGCAAAUGCUGUUCAAUGUUUUCUAGACUCAGAAAAUGAACAUUGUGCAGGUCGAAUGCGUCAAUACCUAAAAUCAACUGGAAAUCUGGCUCGAACGACCAUGAUUGUUUCUAGUGGAAAAGGAAGAGUAGGAGAAUGGAGAUCAGUCUUGAAUUUCAUGAGAGCCGCUGUAAAUAUUUGUGAAGAGUCAAAAUCAUUUAUAGAUUCAGAUCUCAAGAUCGGAUUAAUCUCAAGGAUCUCAAAUUCGGAUCAACAUACUUCAGAAUUAAAUGAACAAGCUAAAAAGAUUGAUCUUGUGAUUGAUUGGGAAGAAAGUAAGAUUAAUGGUGGUAGAGUUAUAGUGAAAAGUGGUAUUGAUGAUGAGCUUGAUGAGUUAAGAGAAAGUUAUGCUGGUCUGGAAAGUCAAUUAGAUCAUCUAGCUCGAAAGCUUAGUGCAGAAACUCCAUUUCUUUCUGCACCUGAUUUCUCCAUUGUCUAUUUCCCACAGAUUGGAUAUCUUUGUCGUGUACCUCGAAAUUCUGAUCAUCAAGAAGCUGAAGAACCGUUUCAUGAUGGAUGGGAAUUCCAAUUCGCAACUGAUACACAUUUACAUUACAAGAAUGAACAUAUGCGUGACUUGGAUCAUUACAUUGGAGAUCUGACAACUUCAAUCACUGUAAGGGAAAUCGAAAUUGUAACUGCACUCGAAGCUGCUCUAGCCGUCAUCUCUCCGAUUCUGUUGAAUUUGGCGAGUGACAUGGCAGAGCUUGAUUGUCUGUUAUCACUGGCGAAGAUUGCACAUCUGAGAGAAUGGGUCCGACCAGUGAUGGUGGAGGAAAAUGUGAUAGAGAUUGAGGGCGGUCGACAUCCAUUGGUCGAAGCCUGUGUGGAAAGUUUUAUAGAGAAUGAUACGUAUAUGGUUGGAGGUAAAGGAUUAAGUUCUAAAGAAGAUACAAAAAAUCAAAAAGAUCUAACACCAGAAGAAGACAUAAAUAUGAGUAUAGAAGAAGAAGAAGAAGAAACUCAAGAAAUAAGUAAAGCUCAUUCAAUGAUUGUAUUAACAGGAGCGAAUUUCUCAGGUAAAAGUGUUUAUUUGAAACAAGUAGCUAUGAUUGUGAUCUUAAGUCAGAUCGGAUCUUAUAUACCGGCUAAAAAAGCCAAGAUUGGGAUUCAUGAUGCGAUCUUUACUAGAGUUACUAGUACUGAAAGUUCUUCACGUAAUUCUUCUGCUUUUAUGAUGGAUCUUCAACAAGUUUCAUUUAUGUUGAGAAAUUGCUCACGACGUUCGCUUUUACUGUUAGAUGAGUUUGGAAAAGGGACUGAUCCAAUAGAUGGACAAGCUAUAUUUUGUAGCGUGGUAGAGCACUUGAUCAGAAGGGGAAUAGAAUGCCCGAAGACGAUUCUUAGCACCCACUUUCACGCCGUGUUUUCUAGUGGUUCAAUGCCAGUAGGACUACCGAUACAUUAUUGUCAUAUGAGUAUCAUUCUCUCUACCAACGCUCAUCAAAGUAAUUCAAAUCGAUCAAGUACCGAUUUAGAGCCUACCUAUUUAUACAAAUUAAGUCCAGGACUCGUCACUUUAUCACAUGCACUUGGUUGUGCAGCUUUGUUUGGAGCACCGAUACAUGUUAGAUUAAGAGCACAAGGCGUAAGUGAAGCAUUGAGUAAACAUGAGAUGUUGGAAUUGAUGGAUGAUGGGAUGAGUGAUGAUCAGGCUCAAGAACUUGAUAGACUUGAAGGAGUUGUUCGUAGGUUUUUGAUGACUGAUUUUGAGAAAGAGAAUCUAGAGGAUGAGAGGAUAGGUACUGAAGAUCAGGAUGAGGUGAUGAAACAUUUAAAGGAAGUUAUUUUACAAAUGGAUGAUGGAUUGAUGGAUUGAUGGAUGAAUGAAUCAUUAGUAUGAAGACUUGUGUGUCAUGAAUUACAUAUCUUUUUUUGGUGGUUUAGACUUUCUAAGGGCAUGUUCACUUAAGCAAUUUCUGGUGACAAAUCACAUUCUGCAAAAUUUGAAGUGUCUAUUUGGUGGUGCAUAUUUCAUUUU